GAACCCACCUCUCUCUGUGCUUUGGUAGAAAUGGCUGCAUUGAAAUAACCUGGGUCAAACGUGGUUGUGUAGCACUGAACAGCUCGCAGUGAGCAGAGAAAGGGUAGGCCUCGUCUUGGGGAGCUGUCCUCUGGCUCCACACAGCCACAGGAGCGUGAUGUCAGCGGUGGCAGCGCGGUUGUAAUUGACUUGGUGGGGGUGAUGGCGUCAUUUUAUGCCCUGGUGUAGCCUCCUGCUCCGAUUGCGAAGGGGAGACGGAUCUUGGGCCGACGCGACCGUGGCUCCCUUGGCCGGGAUAGAGCACCGCGCUGUCGGACACCUUUCCCCGGGAAACAUGGAGGCUGUGGCCGAAGAGCUGCGGGCCGGCUCUCGGAUACCUGUCACUAUCGAUCAAAUAAUAAACGACACAUUGGUGGUGACACUAACCUUCCGAGAAAGAAACUUCACCGGGAUAUUACUUGACUGCAACAAGAAGACUGGCCUCUUCUGUCUCCCAGAUGUCACAGCAAAAAACGGUGACUACUCUCUCACCAAACAGGAGUGUGACGUAACAGAAGUUCUGGGAUCUUCAGAGGAGCCUGUUCCCAAGUCUCCGAGCCAAGCUUCAAAUCCAAGACCAAAGGACGAGAACUCCAUCCCCGAAAAUGACCCAACACGUGCCCCUCUACCUUGCCCUGUUCCUGUACCCACUCCUGUACCAGCGGGACAACCUCCAUACCCUCCUUAUUUUGAAGGAGCACCAUUUCCUCAGCCUCUUUGGGUGCGGCACAGCUACAGCCAAUGGGUCCCACAGCCUCCUCCACGUCCAAUCAAAAGAAAAAAGAGGCGGGGCAGAGAACCAGGACGUAUGACCAUAAGUACGAUACGUUUGCGACCUCGACAAGUGCUAUGCGAAAAAUGUAAGAAUACUUUAAACAACAGUGAUGAGGACAGUAAGGAUGGGGUUAGCAACAAAUCGUCAAGGAAGGAGAAUGCACUACAAAGCGACGAAGAGGCAGAGGAGAAGGAACCAGCAUCAAAGUUGGCGAGGAAGGAGGAGAUAGUGACUAAAGACACUAGAAGACGAGAAAAUGGCACAACACUCGAAAGCAAGAGACUAAGAAGGGACAAAAGGACCGAACCUACUGAAACGGAAAAGUUCCCAAAUAGUGACGUUAUACCGCAUAGUCCUGUUAUUAAAAUAUCUUACAGCACUCCACAAGGAAAAGGUGAGGUCAUGAAAAUCCCAUCAAGAGUGCAUGGGUCUGUCAAGCCUUUCUGUCCCAAACAACUUGUUCCAAAUGGACUGGGAGGAGAAAACGGUAAAGUGCUUACAACCAAGGAGCAACGGCACAUCCUAGAUGCCACUAGAUCUGGCUUAACUGUGUCCAUUCCUAAAUUGAAACUAACCAGGCCCUAUACAACUGUGGGACAGGACUUAACUUCUCCCAAAAUCCGCUUGAGACCUCCACAACGGGAAAGCGAGGAAAGUGUGGUGGAAUAUGAAGCGGAGAUAGUAGAUGGAACCAGGAGACCACAGGCGACUAGUGGGCCGUGUUUGCCUCAUUCUGAGGACUCCGGAGAGGGCAAGAACUCACUAGAGCUGUGGUCUGGUAGUUCCGGAGAGGAGGGAGAUAGAGGACAUAGCGAUUUGACUCUUUUGAUAAAUUUCCGUAAGCGUAAAGCGGAUUCGUCUAGCUUGUCCGUGUGCAGUAGCGAUAGUCUAGAUGAAGCCAAGUCUUUUAGCUCAGAAGGUACCUCCCCAGAACUUUGCGAUCUCGCCCCGGGGGAGGACCUGUCUGUUACCUCUUCCUCUGUUCCAACGCGGGACGGGUGCAAGACUGUCCCCCCACUCACGGUCCGCUUGCACACCCGCAGUAUGACCAAGUGCGUUACCGAGGAGGGGCACGCUGUUGCCGUGGGAGACAUAGUUUGGGGGAAGAUUCAUGGUUUCCCUUGGUGGCCCGCUCGGGUGCUUAGCAUAAGUGGGACACGCAAACAGGAAACAGCCACUUGUGAAGCGCAGUGGCCCCAAGCGAAGGUGGCGUGGUUCGGCUCGCCCACCACCUCGCAGUUGUCCGUUGCCAAAUUGUCGCCGUUCAGAGAGCUCUUCAGGUCCCGCUUCAAUCGAAAGAAGAAGGGCAUGUACCGGAGGGCCAUCCUGGAGGCAGCCAAGGCCGUGGGGUACAUGAGCCCCGAAAUCACAUCACUGCUGUCCCACUGCGACACGUAGGAGCUGAGGAGGGACAAAAGAGGUCACCAAUCCUCACACCGUGCGCCCAGACCCAGGAAGAAGAGUACGUGCGGUUGCCACAGCUACUAUUUAUACACUUUUUUUCUUCCUUUUUUCACACAAGGCUGGUGGAAAAUGUCCGCCAACAUGGAGUGAUGAGAGACAGGAUAAGGGAGCAACUAAACGGCCAAUAUCUCCGUGGUCUACUAUGAACUGACAUGGACGAUUCCUGCUUUUUUAUUUUUUAGAUUUUAUUCAUAUUUCUGUAGAAUCGGAUAAUGACUCUAUAAGAACCAGAAUGUAUUUAUUAUCUUUCUCUUGAGUCCACCUUUCUACCACAGAAUCUUGCUGCUCUCCUCGCCGUCGUCAUGAGGAUCAUAAACAGUGGCGUCCAUUUUGGAUUUCUCUACCUUUCUUUCUCCUUUCUUUCUGGACUUCAGGCAGGCCAUGUCCACACUGAUGUUUUUAAACCAUCAAAUAAUGCUGUGUUUUUCGUAUAGCAUCCACAAUAUAUUUUGGUUAGUGUCGUCUCAGCCAUGUGCCAUUUUAUUGCUGAACUACAGUCUUGAGUCCAAUGACAUAAUAGAUAAACCAAUGGAUCAAUAAGGAAUACAGUUUAUUUGUCACCUUCCAUGAUAGUGUUUUCACAAUACUUACAUUUCAAACUUUCAAUACUUAAAAAAGGAAAAUCAAAUGUUCUUUUCAACACAAACAAAUUAUAGUUUCAUAUUACCAUGUGGUUUCAUACAUGUUCUUCUAUAGAUCAAGUCUAUUCUGAAACUAUUCAGAAAAGGUCUACAUUCGAUACUAGUUUUUGGUAUCAAUUACUACUUGGGCAUCAAUACUUUUGAUAAUUCCACGGUCAGUGUGCAAUGGAACAAGUAUUUUACCGUCCAUAAUAAAAUAUGUGUAGUAUUUAUAGAUUUAAGUCCCAUGAGUUCUUCCUGCUUAUUUGCAUGCACUCUACUUGAAACUGGGACGAAACAAGUCGCAAACCUGGACUAGAGCAGGACUAUUACAGGACCAAACCAAAGUCUACAUCAGGACUAAACUAGGUUUAAACCAGGUCUUGUGUGACUGCACCUACAAAAUCCAAAGUCAAAUGUAUGGAUUUAUAGUUUGCUAUAAAAAGCACAAACCUCAACACUCCAUCUGUUAGAGAUUCAUUUGAAGAAAGAGUACUUUGAAGACUUAGUUUUAAAGCACAAUAAUUGUUAUGAUGAAUCUAGCCUACUUUACUCACUCUAAUAAACCCCUUAAACUCCAAAAACUGCACUAUUUUUCUGGCUAUUCCCAAAGCUAGCUACAACUAACUUUCCCAAUAUUUUCCCCAUGUAUAUAGUCUCUUCCGAACCCCUACCCACUUCUAUAGCUCGGCUGACCUCUCCACAUGAGUGACAAACAUCUAUUUUCCAGUGUGACUAACAGUGACUCAUCAAUGGCACAACCACAAACUAGAACAUGACUCAGAAUUUUCAGGCAAUGUAACCUCCAACUGCUAACUUUGGAAGAAAUGUUGUAAGAUUUGGGAUCACUUGAUGACAUUGAUGGGAAAUGUGUCAAUAUAACAUCCAUGUGUGGUCUCAAGGACAGAACAACAGAAAAACACAUUUCAAAAAUAAAAAUGUAUUAGGUUUUCCAUGGUAACAAUAGGAUAAUACCUCUUGCACAUCACACGAUGUUUGUGCUUAAGUGUUAGGACUAGUUACCGUCCUGUUAUUGGGCAUAUUCUUAACCCACUACAUUGCUGAUCCUGAAAAUAGACUCAUUUAUUUAAAACAUUUGCUUCCCAAUAGGCGUGGGCGAUAUGGCAAAAUCACCAUUCAUGUUACCUUGAGGAUGUAAACUAAAGUCGUCUGAAAGUUCAUACUUCACUGUGAUUGGUUAAAAUCACCUGUCACUCAUUCAGGGUUCAAGUGAAAAUUUAUGAAUCGCAAUAUAUAGAUUUUGUUCAAUAUAUUGACACAGGAAUGAGAUCACGAUUCAGUUUUAUCACUACAUCGCCCAGCCCCAAACUAUUAAUUCGUAUGGUUUCGUAUAUUUUCCUUGUCUUCACUACAUAUUGUGGAUGCUUUUGGAUUACACAGCAACGUUUGGAUUUUAAACCUGUUUUUUUGUGGACUUGUCUUCUCGAUGUUUUGAGUGCGGUUGGAUAAAGUCUUACCUUGAAUCCUUCUGAAAUGUGAACGUAUCCCAUCACGGACAAUACAAGUGACUGAGUGUUCAUUCUUAAACAUAAUCUGUGGAUAUAUUUAAAAACAAGCUCCAUCUUUUGACCAUCUUCCAUUUGUUUAGCUGUGUCUUGACAUUUUGGUACCCCAGCGACCAUUUUUAUUUAGUUUCUUCAAUUAUUUAACUCACCUUUUAAGAAAAAAGCACUUUAUUCUGUACCUUGGUGGCCUGCUGUAAUUGUUGAGAACACUAAUUGCGAGAAACAGCCCUUGAAUGGCAGAAGGGGUAUUCAAAAGUUGUUGUGGUUUGACUAUCCAUUGCCUUGGAGAUGAAAAGAUUAGAUUUUUUAUUGUACAUUUUUUUCCUGAAAGGGGAAGAUACCAUGAAGGUUGUGUACACUGUAUUCUUGCAUUUAAACAUAAGGAAACACCUUAAACUCUACCGCAGUGGUUUUCAAACUUGUCACGCUAAGUAAAUACCUUUUAAAAAUAUUUGGCUUUUCAAGUACGAUUGUCAAGCAACUGAAAAUAGCAUUUCUUAUUAUAUAAAAGUUAAACAUGCUAAAUCAUUAUAAAAUGUGUACAAGGAUUGGUCUAAAACUAGAUCUAUGGACUAAAACCUGGACUACAGACUGAACUGGACUACAGACUGGACUACAGACUGGACUACAGACUGGACUACAGACUGGACUACAGACUGGACUACAGACUGGACUACAGACUGGACUACAGACUGGACUACAGACUGGACUACAGACUGGACUACAACGGGACUACAACGGGACUACAACGGGACUACAACGGGACUGAAACCAGAACUUGUGCUAGAGAUUUGCUGUUAAAAAGUAGAUGUAAGAGCAAAUCUUAUACUAAAGAUGGACUAACCCAAGUCCAAACCUUGACGAUACUAGGACUGAAUGAGGAUUAAACCAGGACUAAACAAGGACUAAACCUUUUACAAAGCAAAAACUCAACUAGGACUGAAAAUGGCCUUCCUCUUGUUGUACUUGUACCACAGUUUGAGAACCAUUGCACAUCAAAUCACAUACAUUUCACUGGACAGGCUUAACUUUGGUGUCUUAUACAUCCCACUGAAUGCAUUUUAGUUUGGGCUUUAUAAAUUUCAAAAGAAAUGCUGUAAGAAUACUGUGAAUUCAACUGCUGAGCAUGCUAACGGGGAGAAAUGAACUGGAGCUAGCUUGUGCAUUGGCUUGUUUGGAGACCGGAAUGACCUUUAGUGACCUUUGCGUUGAAAGCGGCACUGUUGAAGCGGUCCCCAGAGGAGGAGUGGGGAGGAGGAGAGGUGGGGGUUGGGAAACCAGAGGUAGAAAUGCUUGGAGUGGAAAAAAACUGGCGAAUUUAAAAGUAAAACCAAGAUUGCAUGCAGUUACGCUCCACAGACCAAACGUAAUAUGGACGGCUGGUCUCGGCCAUUGUGGGUUUGUUGUUCUAGUGAUGGGAAGCAGCUUGUGAAAGGGUUGCAUUGAUGAAGUUUAAAAAGUCAACUGAAAAAAAAUGAAAUGUGAACUGAGAAUGACCCAGUGUUGUAAUAGAUUAGUGAUUUACUCAUUGAUUUUUCACUGCUCAAACAAGGACUGAAUUGUGUCCAUGCAGCUAUGAAAUUAAGACGCUAUAAAUAUGUCUGAAUUUCAAAAUAUGUCAGGUUGCUAACAGAUUUGAAAUGGCUAAAUGGUUAGUAUAGUUCACUGAGAAAGCAUACAUUUUACUUACAUUCAUGAACUGAAACUCAUUUAUGAAUUAACUAUGCCAUUAUAGUCAGUUUUCUGAAACCAAGUACAAACAUUGAGCUGUUGUUCUUAGGCCUAUAAUGAUAAAAAAUGUUGAAGUUUGAUAUAUUUCUGAAGUAAAUAUAAACGAUCAUUGAUAAUAUUGAAAGUAAUUAUUUCCACUGACACAGUAAGUGCAGAUAUAAAUCACAAAAACUAUUCUAAAUCUGCAAUAUUGUUAAAAAACCAUGAGCUGUAAUAAAUAGUCAUCAGAAUAAAACACUUUAGUAGUUAGUUUGCAGCUGUAACAAUUCAACUUACAGUGGCUCAAAUCGUAUCAUAUAGCCAAAAAAUAACCCAAAAUUUCCCAGUAGUGCAAAGAACAUGUACACACGAUAAAUAUUGACCGCUCUAAAAAAUAUUGUUCCAGCUUAUAUAGAAACAUAAGUCGUAAUUAUCAUGAAAGGCCUAGGUGUUGUAACUUUGCAAAGCCGUUUUUCGUACUCUGCGGCACCAAAAACACUCACUUAGCUUGUUAACAUUCAAUAUUUCCCCAGUAUACUUCGAUUUUGAGAAACAAAAAUGAAUUCUAGGUGCUUUCGAAGUUCAUAAACUGGAUAGGAAUCUUGAAUUUAUCUUGUUUUCUUGCUAGCAGGUUAAUCAUUGGGACAAUCUCACUAUGGCUAAACCUAGCAUCUCUCGGCUCAUCUGUUUCUGUUUAAGAUGAAAUAGUGGAUAAAAUAUUCCUCUCCUCCUUUCACAAUGGGACCGUUAAAGGGGUCUCCACAGCCUGUAUAGCACCAUAGGAGUGUGGUGGUCUGUGGUGGUCUGUGUACGUAUGCCUGAACAGGGGAUUUUCCAUAGAGCAACAUGACUAUCUGCUGUUGCCCUCGUCGGUCAAUGUUAUUGGCUAUUUUUUGUUCUUUUUUACAUGUACUGUACAUAAAAUAAAAUAUACAAGCAAUAA